AUGGCAGGCCAAGAACUUGACCCUGUCCGCCAAACUUAUUUCUCCGUGGGCCAAGAAUCGGACUGUCUCUACCAAGAAUUGGACCUGGACUCCCUGAAUGAAGAUCUUUCCCUCGCCACGCCAGAUGUCACGGCACAGACCUCUGUGGGCACAUAUGAACUCCGCCCAACUUCUGAACCCGAAGAUCUAACCGAGGCCGAGCAAAUGGAGCUCAAAUCAGAGCUCAUUAAAUUAGAGGCGGAAAUCUUCACUCUUCGCCAAGUGUUGGCAGCCAAAGAGAGGCGCUGUGGAGAGCUCAAGAGGAAGUUGGGCCUCACGGCCUUGGUGGGUCUGAGGCAGAAUCUGUCCAAGAGUUGGCACGAUGUUCAGAUCUCCAACGCAUACAUGAAACAAAAGACAUCAGCUGCCCUGUCCACCGUGAGCUCUGUCAUCUGCAGGAAACUUGGGGACAUGAAGAAGUUGGCCACUUUCAGAUCUUUUGAAGGUCUAAUGGGAACAAUCAAGUCCAGAGUCGCAGGUGGCAGAGAGCUUGGCAGUGACUGCUUUCCUUCUGCAGCAGGGAGUGGGGAUGAUCCGCUCCCGGUUCCAGAGAAUGAGGAUGAUAAUGUACCAGGGCCUGGAGAUCACCUGCUCCCUUUUGUGGAGCCAGAAUGA